AUGUCCGCCUCCUCACCCGUCGACGCCUCAGCCACCCGCAAGCGCAGCAGCAACAAUGUCAUCCCCUCCAAAGAUGACUUCACCUCCUCGGCCAAGCGCCAGCUCGGGACCGCUAGCCACGUUGCCCAGCAAGCAGCUCUGAGCGGGGCAUGGCGAUACCCGGUCGUUGGUAUCUUCCAUCUCGCGACCAACCCGAAGCUCAUCGGACCCAUCAUGCCGACGCUGUUGAAGGGUACGGCGGCCUCGGUAGCUAUCGUCGUGGCCUUCUUUGUCUUCACGUACUUGCCCCAGGUGGCUGUGCUGGCUUUCGUGUCCGGCCCCCUUGCCUUCAUCGCUGCUGUUCCCCUCGUCCUCGGUGAAGCAUACGUCGUGAUCAACUUCGUUACGCGUGCAUUCUUCUUUGACCAGAUUGGCGUAGACCUCUUCGACGCCGUGCUCGUCCAGAAGCGCUGCAAAUCUCUCGUCGAGAAGGGACGCACCGUCACCACCAAGGCCGGCACUGGUAGCAAGCUCGGCAAGGUCCUGAAGAAGCCCUUGAACCGGUUCAGCGUCGACAGUGCAGUCCGAUACGUCCUCACCCUUCCCCUCAACUUUAUCCCCGUGGUCGGUACCGCCUUCUUCCUUGGUCUCAACGGGUACAAGGGUGGCCCGUCGCACCACGCCAGGUACUUUGAGCUCAAGGGGUACGACAAGAACAAGAAGCAGGCGGAGAUCUCCAAGAGGAGGGGAGAGUACACCGCAUUCGGUGUUGCUGCCCUUCUGCUUAACCUCAUCCCGGUUGUUUCGAUGUUCUUCACCUGUUCUACUGCUGUCGGCGCUGCGCUUUGGGCUGCGGACAUCGAGAAGUCUACCGGGCAGGUGACUGGCGGCCAGGACAACGAGGUGUCUUUCUGA